AUGUAUAUCCCACUUCUCGGUAGGCUCUCAAUACUUGAGUGGCCAAUAAUUAUCAUAUCGUUCUUAUUGACAUGGAUAGAGUAUCUCAUCUCGGUGAUUACAGGGAUAUUACCGAGCCCGAUAAUUAAUCUCUGUACUAAUACAAUUCAACAAAUAUACAAAUUUACAUCUAAUCCAAUUGACUUAAUUAGUUCAACGGUGACCUCAUCAAGCAAUGUUCAAGAAGUGAAGUAUAAAUAUUUGGAUUCUAAUUCCCAUCCAGAAUUAACUAGAGAAAAAUAUGAAUUGAUGACUGAUUUAUUAAACUCAUCCAGUAUUCAAGAAAUGUGCCAAUUAUUUGGAUACGAUGUUGAAAAUGAAAUUGUGCGUACUGAUGAUGGGUAUUUCUUAACUAUUCAAAGAAUAUUGAAGAAUGGACAAGCCAAUAAAGGUGGUCGAGUGAUUUAUUUACACCAUGGAUUACUAAUGAAUAGUGAAAUUUGGGUUACAAUGUUGGAUAAACAUUCGAAUUUACCAUUUAUACUAUACGAUUUGGGCUACGAUGUUUGGUUAGGAAAUAAUAGAGGUAAUAAAUAUAGUCAAAAACAUUUGUAUUACAAAUUAAACUCAGAAAAAUUUUGGGAUUUUUCAAUUGAUGAAUUUGCUUUAUUUGAUAUACCAAAUACGAUAAAUUAUAUUUUAAAUACAACAAAAGCAGAAAAAUUGACUUAUAUUGGAUUUAGUCAAGGUACUGCCCAAGCAUUUGCAAGUGUUUCAGUCAAUCCUGAUUUGAACGAUAAAAUUGACCAAAUUAUAGCUAUAAGUCCUGCCACCACCCCCCAUGGAUUAUAUUCCAAAUUCCUUGAUUUACUUUUAAAAUCAAGUCCAAAUUUUGUUUUUCUACUUUUCUCUAGGAAAGUAUUGAUGCCAAGUGUCAUAUUAUGGGGGAAAAUCAUGUAUCCUCCGUUGUUCGACACUUUUAUUGAUAUCUCAAACUACUUACUAUUCAAUUGGAAAUCAAUCAAUAUUAGUAAAAUUCAAAAAUUAUCUUCCUAUGCUCAUCUAUACUCCACCACUUCGGUUAAAACCGUGGCUCAUUGGUUUCAAAUCAUCCUGUCUAAAAACUUUCAAAUGUACCAUGAUUCAAACUCAAAUUUCUCCGGCUUAAAUCCAAUCAGUUAUCCUCUACAAAAUAUAAAAGUUCCAAUUAAUCUUUUAUACGGGGACUGCGAUUCUUUGGUUGAUAUCAACGUUAUGAAAAAUCAAUUACCUGCAAAAUACACUAAAUGCCAAGUGGUUCCUAACCAUGAGCAUUUAGAUAACUUGUGGGGGUUUGAUGUUAAUAAAGUUGUAUUCAAUCAUGUUUUACACUAUUUGGGCCAUUCUUUACCAGAUUCAAUCGUGGAAAACAGCGAAAAAACUUACUUGAAAACGUUGGACGAUAUCGAAUCAGUAGCCGAAGCCGACGCCAUCUCUCAAGAUCUGGAAAGACAUAUAUACCCUGGUGCCACCAGAUUCUAGUGUAUAAUCAAGUAAUAUAAAUAAUAGAAAUCAC